GGGAUGUGGUGAACCGAAGGAGCUUUCAUGGAUCCUUCCAAUGAAUAAUCCAUUCAAUGUCAAUUCGAGUAUUGCUUAGCUUUGCUUACUAUGGAGCUUUCAGAUAUGUUUUUAUCUGGAGCUACAACUGAGGAUAGUGAAUCGAUUUUCUGCACAGAUUAUCCUGCCUCGAAAGUGGAACAACUCUGUCCCACUUGGCAGGAAAAGCACAACACUGAGCUUCACAGCAAUUUGACAACACAAUUUUCCUCAUUUUCAUUACCAUUUCAAGGUAAUGAGUCAGAACUGAAAGUUGAAGGAGGAUCAAAUUUUGGAUCUUCAGUGAAGGCUUCAGAUUCUGUGGAGGUUAAUUGUGGUCAAGUAGACCACAAUGAUUACAAUGGUCUGUUUGUCUCUCAAAGACAAACAACUCUGAAAAAUGUCUCAUGCAAUUCUCAGAGAGAAACACUAACAUUCACAGACCAAGGCAGUUUGAUAACGUCAAACAUUGGAUGUUAUGCUCAAUGUGAUGGCUCAUUUUUUUCAAAGGUGGAUGAUAUUAUUGACGACUUGUCAAUUGAGAAUGGCAUUCGCAAAAAUUUUAUUUUAUCUCAGAUCGAUUCUGGUCCUUUUGUGGACCAUGGGCAUUUGCCUUUACUUUCCGGUCCUAUUUCUGAUUCCACUUUCACAUCAUCUCUUGUAACAGGUCUCUGUGAUGUCACAGGAUCAGAUGCUAAUUCUUUUGCACAACCCUCUCAUCAGAAUGUGUUUACACCCAUUGAUCAAAUGGAAAGAAGGAUGGCAGAAAUGUCUACCACAUCAGAUGUGCCUACGAUAGGUUCUCAAACAGAGGUGAAGCGAAUGUUUGAGAAAGACAAUAUGUAUGAAGAUAAACCAAUAAUGGAGGGACAAACGCAGUCCUAUGAAUAUCCAUUGGUUAUGACAUCUUCCACAAAGGGUGCAUCAUGUUCCUCAAGCAUGACUUGCACAACUCGAGACGCAGACAUUUCACAAGCUACAAUGGAUGCAUUGACAUCUAUGGACAAGUGCACAGACAGCACAUGUCUCUUUUCCAUGUAUCCUUCUCAAGGAUACAGUUGGUCUCUUCUUGCUUCACAAGGGACUAAACCUUGUGAUGUAUAUACAAAUGGGUACACACCAAGUGUAUCUCAAUUUUCACAUUUAUCUUCUCCAACCUACAUUGUUGAGAAUAUGUCCAUGCCUUCUCUUUCUGCAUCAUUUUUUGGGUCAUCGAAUCUUUUUCAAAGCGGUGUUGCCAAUGAAAACACUUCCUCUCACAUUGAAACUGGUCAAGCGGCAUGCAGUUUGCUACAAAGAAGAGCACAGAGUUUGACAAAGGUAGAUUGUCACCAAGGAGAGAAAGGGAUUUCUCAAUCUGGAAAUGAACUUGCCACAUUGUCACAAACUUCAUGCUUAAGUGGCUCUUUGAAUACAUCUACCAUGGGUUUUGCAACAAGGAUUGAAGUUGAUCCUAGUUCAAAGCAUGGUUUGACAUCAAUAUUAUUAGGUUCUUCAAGUUCAUUGAGCUCGUCUCCAGAGACGAACUUGCAGAAUUCAUUAGAUUCCACUUUCACAAAUUGUGCAAACGCUGGAACAGAGGAAGUUUCCAGAUUGACGCCCAAAGCUAAAUCAAGAGGACGGCCGCCUGUUCCAUUAUUAAGCAUGAAAUGCAGCAAGGGCACCAACUUGAGAGGACGAAAGACUGGAGCUGUGAGGAGAAAGCUUCAAGCCUUUGCUGAGACUAUUAACAAGCUUACUGCAGAGGUACUUUCAAUCACUCCGGAAACUGUGAAUGCAAGACACGUGGAGCAGGCACUUGCCACUCUUCUUACUUUGAACAUUUGUGGAAUCGAUGCAAGAUCGGUGGUUGAGCAGAUUCAAGAGGGGAAAUUGGCAGAGUCAUUAAGAACGGAGGCACUUAAGCAG